GUGAAUCUAUGAGUUUGAUCUCUUCUAUAAAUUUGGGAUUACAGUUUCAUUUUAUUUUAAUAGUUGAGAUCAUGAUUUAAUUGAAGCUAGACCACCAAAAAAACCUGGAAGCACUGGACAGCCGUUUCGUCCGAAUGUGGGACGCUUCACCAAUGCACACUAACGGUCCCGUGUAGAAAGAUUCGAACCUAGGAUCUAUCCGUCUCGCGCGCGGGCGCUUAACCAUUAUACCACUGAGUCCGCCGGCAUGCAACGCUGUUAAUUCCUAACUUCAACUAAUCCACGAAAUUGAGCGACACAUCCACCAUUGUUUUCAGUGAUUUACUAUCUCACAACAGACCCGUUUGAAAUCCACUGGUCAGUAUUUCUAACUAGAUUUCCUGGAAAUACUUCUCGAAACCAGUCAUUAGUGAGGAUAUAUUGAUUAGUAUCAGAAGGCGUUUUAGUGGAUAUGAUAGUAAUUUCAAUUAUUUUUCCUGCUUACCAAGGCAAGCCUUCACUUGGAAUUCUCAAAGCCAAAAGAAAAGAGGACAACCAAAGAACAUAUUACUCCGAGAAAUAAAGACAGACAGACAUGAGAAGAAUGAACAACAAUUGAAUAGGUCUAGAAAGGAAGGCCCAGGAAAGAGUGAGUUGGACAAUGCUAGUUGGUGUCCCUUGCUCCAUUAGGAGUAAUAGACUUAAGUAAGUAAGUAUAAGUAAUUCCAAUAAUUGAAGCUAGAUCAUUAUUUGAUUAUUCAAUUCAAUUGAAUAAUUUCGAUUGAGACAUAUGGAAUUGAAAAUAACCAAUAGGAUAAUUAGAAAUAAUAUUUAUUCAAUCAUCUGAUAUGUUGACCAUUGUAUCCAAUAUACUUUAAUUGGUUAAAUAAACUUGUAGAUUUGCUUUAAAGUACAUCCAUCUACUUAUAUACUUAUUUCAUUACUAAUUCACUUCUAUACAAACGUAUAUAUAUAUUCAUAAUUAUCCUAUUCUAGUGAUACAAUGUAUAAAAAUGGUUGUGCAAUUGAAAGAAUAUUAAGACAUAAACUAUGCAAAAAUGAUUUUGAUAAUUUAUUAUUUUGGUCUGAUUCCAUUUGUCAUUUAGAUAAUGAGAAACCACAAUUUAAACAUUUUAUUAUUGGACAAGAAUGGUUAUAUACAAUGAAUCAUCCACAAAGACAAUUAGAUUGUAGAAUACAUUUCAAUGUAUAAUACAAUAUGAAAUUACAUUCAAUUCUAGUCUAUUUUAGAUAUUGAAUGUAUUGGAGAUAUAGCCAUGUUUCUAACAUGUCAAAUUACACGAAAUUAUAAUCAUAUUUGUGUGAAAUUUAUCAGUAAACAGAUUCAACAACAACAACAACAACGAAAAACCGUUAAAUCUGUUAAGAAUACGAAACAAAAUGUCAAAGUAAGUUCUUGUAAAUGGAAGGAAUUUCAAUCAUCUAUUUUAUAGUGAUGAUAAAGAUGUGUAGUUCAACUGAAUGAGUUUGAUGUUGUUAAGUUCUCGAAGGUAAAUAGUUUAAUAGGGGAUUUUUUAUUGUCAUUCUAGACGUCACCAUCCUAGCCUACUUCAUGAUUAAAACGAACUGUUCAGUUAUUGUGAUUUUCUUUGUGAUUACGUCUUCGUGUUUUGCACCAUCAUUAAUUUUUAUUAUAUUCUUUUCGAACUCAUAGUCAAUUAAAUCCCGACCGUGUAGCGAAUUGACGUCAGUUCUAAACUGACGACUAACUUUUAUAUCACGCUUCUAGAAGUUCUCCAUCAUUUUAAGGAUUCUUUCGAUUAUAAAUUUUAAAGUUUUCACAUUUCGAUUCAUCUCCAUGGUUGGUCAAUGAUAAAAUAUUGUCACUUUUUACUCAUCGUUUUCGCUCGUAUGUGCGUAAGCGAAUGGGGCGUCUACUUUGUUCACUUUAGUGUUUCUCUAGGUUGGUUCAGUCUUAUUUGUAGUUGAGAUUGCUUUUGUAUCCUUUCACUGUUAUGUCUUUCGGCUUGUAUAAAAUGGAAUAAAGUGAUUGUGGUGGUUUGUGAAGCAUAUUGAUAUGAAAAAUGUUUUGCAAUCUUUGUUGUCAUUUCUGAGAUGACUUCCACAUAUGGCAGAGCAAUUUUCUCCCUUACAUAUGAGUUUGGUGUUAUUCAGAAUGGAAAUGAAUAUGUCACAAUUAUACCAUUAAAAUCAUAGAACUUAACUUUAUUAAAAUGUGUUUAGUAUUUCGUUUAAAGUUCCUCAUCCCAUUUAAACUAUCCAAUGUAAGGACAUUAGAAAAGAUGCCUAGUUUAAAUGAUAUUAGUAGCUGACAGUAUUUCUCAAAUGCAAAUCAGUAGUUUUGUUGAAAAUUUCUUUAAUUUCUCUCAGCACUUUUUUAAAAUUCUUUAUGAAUUGAAUCCUGAUAAUUCAUCACAUCUCAUGAUGAAAUAUUUACAAAUGAGUGUUAAGUGUUUCUUACUUAUACCGCCUGUUACCCCUCGUGAAGGAGUAUAGACCGGUCACCAGCACUCUUCAUCCAACCCUAUCCUGGACAAUCCUUUCCAACUCCUUCCAGUCGUUAUUCAUCCUUUUCAUAUCUCAUUCUAUUUCCCGAUGUAAUGUGUUCUUUGACCUCCGACUUUUCCGCUUCCCCUCAGGGAUUUCAAGUUAGGGCUUGCCACGUAAUGCAGUUUGAUGAUUUCCGUAAUGUAUGUCCUAUCCAUUUCCAUCGUCUUUACCUAAUUUCCUCUUCAGCUGAAAGUUGGUUUGUCCUCUCCUACAGUAGGCUAUUUUUGAUGGUAUCUGGCCACUGGAUGUUGAUUAUCUUGCAUAGACAACUAUUUAUUCAUAAUUGUACCUUCUUGUUGAUGAUUGUCGUAGUUCUUCAAGUUUAGGCUCCAUACAAUAGAACUAACUCUCUUGACGUUCGUAUUGAAGAUUCUCACUUUGAUAUUGAUAUUGUUUCUUACUGAAAACAUAAAUAAUAAUUAAAUCAUAAAGACAACCAACUGACGACAUAACUCAGAAACACAAUGAAACGCUUAUUUGUUUUUCUUUCAUUGUGAAUAUGACUGUACAAGUCACUUGGAUUUCCUUUGCAAAAUAUCACCUGUCACUUCAUUAAUCAAACAACUAGUUCAAUGCUUCAUUUUAUUAUGUUAGAAGACAGCUGUUCAAUGCUCUUUAGUUUUAACGAUUGCCCAGGUAAAGUCAUUCCACAAUGAAAAACCAUAAGAUGUUUUUUUCAGAGUAAAUUUUCAGUUGAAUUCACUUGAGAAUUUUAAUAUUCAAUACAGUUUACAGAUAAAAUAGAAAAAGUCGAAAAGGAAUGUGCUAUCAUAGAUGAUGUGAAUAAUGAUCAACAAGCUGGGAUAUUAACCUCUAAAGUUACAGAAAAUGAUCAUGAUCCAGUUAUUAGUGUCAUUCGAAAAUUACACAUCUAUUUAACCGAUACAAAUUUUAUUGGAUUUGAUACUUUACAAAAAUCAAUAAAUCGAUGGUAUUAUUCUAAUAAACAAUUCAAACAUAUGAUUACAAAUUUAAUGAAUUUAACACAUUUUCAAUUAUACCAAACAUCAUCAAUCAAACAAUUCCUUUCAUCAUUAUCAUCAUCAUCCUCACCAUCCUUAGAAGAAGAUAAUAUUGAAGGAUUAAUUGCUAAGGCAACUAGAAAGAAUACAAUAAUCUAUUCAACAACAGCGGAUAAUGAAGAUUUACAACAAUUAAUGAAUAUGUUUAAACCAUUCUGUAAAAAUGUUACCAUGGAUACAAGUAAUAUUCAAAUGAACAAUCAUAUGGAUACAUUCACUAUAUAUAUAAAUAAAUUAGAUCAUUGGAUUAAUAAAACUAAAAUGAUCAAUGAAUUCAUACAUAAAAAACAGAUCAAUUCGAAUAUUAUUCAUCUUAUAAAUGAACAAUUAAAUCAAUUAGAUCAUAAUUUAACAAUCAUUUUAGAUAAAUAUCCUUUAGAUGUUUGUAUAAGAUUAUCUAAUCAACUGAUUACAAUUAUGGAGCUUCUUUUAACUCAAGUAACAUUUACAUUGCCGGCGCAACCAAUUUAUCUUGGAAACAAAGAAACACAAAUAUGCGUUGAACUAGAAGAUCGUGAUAAACACAUCAUAGGAACUCAAUCAAAGCAAACAACAAGUGAUCGCAUGAAACUGGUCAUUCAUUUAAUGAAAAUAAUCAAUUUAUUACUAUCAUACAUUUUGCCAAUAUUUACACAAUCCAAUAGAAAUCUUAGUCUACUUAAGAAGGAUGAAAUCACAAUAACUGUGAAUGAGAAAGUUAUGAGAAAAAAAUUGGAAAAAGUUAUUUCACAUCUCAUUGAACACUUAGUACAGUUACCAUGUGUAAUUGAUGACUUCUCUUUAGAUGUAUUAUAUAAGGAAAGUACUCAACAGCCUAAUUGUUUUCAAAUUGAAUUAGAGACAUGGAUUCAAAGAUAUGAAAUGGAAAGAUUAGAUAUAAUGAGUAAAGAAUAUGUCCAUGUUGAUCAAUGGUUACAAGAUAUUUCAGAAAAAGAUCCAUAUGCAAUCACAGUAUCAACAAUCAGAAGUAUUUUCAAUGAUCAUCCUGAAAUUGGUAUUUUCAUACAUCAAUUCAAUGAUCAAAUUAAUUGUUUCUUUUCUGAACUUAUAUUAAAUACAUCACAUUUAUCAAUCAUAUUGAAUAGAACAAACAAUCUUAAUGGAAUUGUUCAUCAAGAUGAUUGGAUAAAAUUAAUCAUUCAUAAUAUGAUUAUCAUGAAAUCAAAUAAAUCAAUAAUCUAUUUAUUAAAUUGUCUAUUAGCUCAUGCAUCUACAACAUUUAAUAUUAUGAAUUCAAAAAAACUAACCAGUACUACUCAUACUACUCAUACUACUAAUGCUAACACUAAUACUCAUACUACUCAUACUACUAAUGCUAACACUAAUACUCAUACUACUCAUACUACUAAUGCUAACACUACUACUCAUAAUACUACUACUAAUACUACUAGUGCUAACACUAAUACUCAUACUACUACUAGUAGUAUUAGUAGUAAUAUGGAACAUAAAGAAGAAUCUAUAUCCACAAUUAUUCGAUCAUUAUUUAUUAUAGAUUGGUUCACUGAACAAUAUCCAUAUUUAAUUGAUACAUUAAUGAAUAUAGAUUAUAAAGAUUUACUUUAUAUUUUCAAUAUAAAUAGUAUUAUAUCUAUAACAGAUAAAUUCAAUGAAAUAUCUUCAAUGAAUUUAAUACAAAUCAAGUUGAUUAAAUGUAUUCUAAUUGCAUUAAUAAGUCGAUUAUAUGAGAAACUUAAUAUUAUCAAUGAAAUUCCAUAA